AUGCCUUCCUCAUUUUUGUUUCUGCUUGCCUUUGCUACGUCUUUCGAUGUCAGCAAGGCUUCACCUGACUGCCAAAGCAAUGUUCACAACGAGACGAUUGCUUAUUUCAACAGCGCGCCUGUGACAUUCAGCUACGAGCUGGAAACAGCACGAGAUUGCAAGAAGUGGUGCGAGAGUGUUCCAUCAUGUCAGUCAUGGAUCUACGUUCGCCAGUCAAAUCAAUGUGACCUUCAUCGUACGGUGGCGUUGAGUGUCUCUCACAACGCAGGAUUUAUGUUUGGCGGUUGUAAGCCAAUUGGGGAUACCAAUGUCACUCAGCUGGCCUCUACUGCUAGCCCUUCGUCGCACGGCACGGCGACCAGAACCUUUGGGGCCUCGCAAUCUGUUACUCUGCAAACCUCCACUGCGCCCGAGACCGUCCGUCACAGGCACAAGCGUCAUCACUAG